ACUAGUUACUUCUUUCCGAUACUACAACUCCAUAUUACAUAUUAUGGAUUUCAAUUCUUACCUCGAUAAAGCCAACGAUCUUUUGUCCAAGGACAUUGUCGUUGAUGGGCGCGUCAUACCUGUCAAAUAUGUGGCUGGUGCUGCUGGCGCUGUCGUGGGCUUAUCUGCUUUGAAGACAUACUUCAACGGUGCAACAAAUACCAGCAAAAAAAGACUUGAUGGCAAAACCGCUCUCAUUACAGGUGCAAAUGACGGUAUCGGAAAGGAAACCGCCAUUGACUUGGCAAAGCGUGGAGCCACUGUGAUUAUCGCAUGUCGUUCAUCUGAAAAGUCCAACAAGGCCUUGGCUGAUAUUCGUCGAGCUAGCAACAACAACAAUGUUUUCUUGGAAUCGAUCGACCUUUCUGACUUGGACACCGUCAAAGCCUUUGCUAACCAUUAUCUCGAAUCCGGAAGACCCAUUCAUAUUCUCAUCAACAAUGCUGGUAUCAUGGCUCUGCCUGUUCGAAAGGAGUCCAAACAAGGUUACGAAUUGCAGUUUGCCACCAACCAUUUGGCCCAUUUCUUGCUCACGGAACUUUUGCUUCCGGUCGUCAAGAAGUCCGCCCCUGCUCGUAUCAUUAACCUCUCCAGUAGAGCCAUGUACAAUGGUGUCAUCCACUUUGACGAUAUCCAGUUGAAGAAGAAUUACCAAAGUUGGAAGUCUUAUCAUCAGAGCAAGUUGGCUAAUGUCUUGUAUAGUGGCUACUUGGCCCGCCAGCUGAAGGGCACAGGUGUCUUCGUUGCUGCUGUUCACCCUGGUGUGGUAAGAACCAGCUUGUCAAGAUACAUGACUGAAGGUUUCAUGUACAAGGUAGCUGCCGUCGCCAUCUAUCCACCACUAUACCUCGUCACCAAAAGUCCUAAGCAGGGUGCUCAAACCACCUUGUACGUGGCUACCUCUAAUAAUGUCAACGAUUCCAAUUCUGGCGAAUAUUGGGCUGACUGCAGAGUUGUCCAUGGCAAAAACAAGUACCAACACGACAAGGCCGUUGAGGAUAAUUUGAUUGCUGUCAGCAAGGAGCUCGUGGCCAAAUGGCUUUGAGCCCUCCCCCAAAUUGCUAUAGAACGAAAGCCGCUCUACCGUGUUGUAUUGCAUGAAUGAUAGCUAAAAAAGAUCAAAACCAAUGUAGCAUGCCAUUAAAAUAACCAUGAUUGUAAUUUAUAACGAUUUGUA